AUGUUUGUCGAAUUACUUAAUAAAUAAAUGAAAAAGAAGAGAAUCAAUUUUACUGAUCUUGAAGACUUAGAUGCAUUGGGAGAUGGAUAUAUACGUAAAAAAUAGUUUUAAGAUUAUGUAAACAAAAAAUUGUAAAUGGAUACUUCAGAUAUUUCAUUUUAAGAUUUUAUGACAAGUAUUCAAUAAGAUUAAUAAAACAUUUCAUUUUAAAAGUUAAAAUAGUCUUUAAAACUUGAUGAUGCUUCUAAUAAAUUAUUAUCAGAUAUCAAUACAGAAUUAGCAUAUGAAUAAAGCAAGCCUGAAUAAGUAUUCAAAAAAUAUGAUGCUAAUAGGAAUACUAAAUUAGAAUUAAGAGAAUUUUCUGAGUUUCUAGUCUAAUUGGUAGGUGAUGUAGAUUCAAAAAUUGUUGAAACUUUAUUCUAUAAAUUGGAUGCAAAAGGAGAUAAUACAAUUAAUUUAUAUGAAUUUAAGUAAAAGAUAACAAAGCAAGAAAGUGAUUUAUCAGAAUAAUAAUAAACAAAUAUAAAUAUAAACAAACUGCAUAAACAUUCGCAAAAUAAUUAAGUCCGUAGAUCAUGAAAUCUGUUUUUCGAUUAAAAGAUGCUCUAAAAGAAAGCAAUGAAACCCUUGAAAUAUUUGAUAGAAAAGGAAGAGGAUAAAUUCUACUAAAUGCCUUCCAAGAUAUAAUUGUUAGUUUAAGCUUCGAAUUUUCGGAGUUCAAAUAAUUGGCUCUGUAUCUUUAGUCUCCGGAUGAUAAGAGGUUUCUACAAUAUGAUAAAUUAGCAAUUUUGAUGAACGAUUGUGAUGAAGCAGAACAAUUACUAAUUAAUCUAAAUCAAACUAUUUAGUCAGGCAAAGUGGCAACUGCAUCAUUAUUUUAUAAUUUUGAUUAAAAUGGAAAUGAUGUCCUGGAUAAAUAAGAGUUUUAUAAACUUAUCAGAGACAUUGAUCCAAUGUCAAGAAAUAAACCUGUAGACAAUUUAUUUUUGCUUCUCGAUGCUAAUUCUGAUGGAUCUAUUAGUAUUAGUAAAUUUAAAACAAAAGUUUGUAACAAAGAUAAACCUAGAAUUAUGGCAACAAUAAAUAAAUAGUAAUUGAGUAUUUUUGAUGAUGUUAUGAAAUUUGCUAAAGAUUCUACUACUCUAUUGGGAGAGUUUGAAAUAAGAGAUGAAAAUUAUACAAAUAAAUUAGAUUUAGAAACAUUCAUAAUGGUUAUAAAGAAAAAUAAUGGUCCAAAUAUUCAAUUACUUGAAAUGAAGGCAUUAGCUGAUUAAUUAGGUGCACUCUAAGGCAAUAAUAUAAACUAUAAGAUAUUUUGUUUAAAGGCUAAAUAGUAUUAAGUCGAAACACCCUCAACUAAAAUAGAAGUCAUAAUUACUAAAUUAAGAGAAUAACUCAAAUCCAAAAAUACUAACAUUAUUGAGAUUUCUUAAGAUUUUGAUAUCAAUCAUAAAGGAAAAGCUAAAGUAAAAGCCAUUUAAAUGGGUUUGUCAGAUAAAUAAAUAGCAUUAAAUGAAAAUGAGUGGGAAUUAUUACUAACAAUUAUUGAAUAGGAUGCGUAAGAUUUUAUUGAUUAUUAUGCUUUUAAUGAUUUAAUUAAUUUAGGAUUAGCCAAUUAUAAGGAAAGUAGAAAGGUCUUAGUAACUAAUACUAAUUAAGAAAUCGAUAGAAUUGUUAAGAACUUUUCAUAAUUUUUAGAGUAAGAGGUUUGCACACUAUUAUCUAUGUAUAGAUAAACUGACAAAGAUAAAAAUAAUUUUAUAUCUUUUGAAGAAUUCACUGCUUUGCUAUAAAAAACAAUAGGUUACAGCACAACUAUAGAUAUUUAAAAGCAACUUUUUGAUAUUUUUGAUAUGGACAAAGAUGAAAAAAUUAAUUUUACUGAAUUUGAAUAUCAAAUCUACAAAAGAAAUGAAAUAGCUGCUAAAUAAAUUCAAGAAAUGAAACUAGUAAUGUUAAAUGGCCGCAAUCCUUAAAUGGAUCAAUAAUUAUCUGAUUUGUUUCUAAUCAUCUCUUAAGGAAGUUAGUUUAUUGAAUUUAAACAGUUUGCUAACUAUAUUAAUUAUUUUUAAAAAUAUCCAAUGUUAGAAUUAGAUCAAUUUUUUAGAUAUUUUGAUUAAGAAUAUUCAUAAAAAAUUAGAUUAAUUUAGGUUUAUCUUAGCAUUUAAAUAGCAAUAAAGAUCAGAUUAAUCCUAAUAAUAGUAACCACUUCCUUAAUAACUUUAAAAUCCAUAAUAAUAAUCAUAUCCUUAGUAAUAACCUUAUCCUUAAUAAUAGCCAUAUCCUUAAUAAUAACCAUAUCCUUAAGGCAUUUAGCAAAUACCUCCUAACUACUAAUAAACGCCUUAGUUUUAAUAAAAUGGUCUAUAAAAUAAAUUUGGAUAAUAGUAAUAUUUUUAAUGGAUAACAACCAUUAUAAAAUUUGUAAUAACCUUAAUAAUUUUAAUAAUAUAAUCCAUUAUAAAAUUAGUAAGAAGUAGGUAAUUCAUUUAAUGCCUCAAUUCCAAACAGUUCAAUUGCUUAUCCUCCUUAAAAUGCAUUAUAUAAUUAAUAAUAAUAACCUUAAGAAUUUAGAAAAAGCAAGAGUGGGUGCAGAAUAAUAAAUUUGAAUAGAGUUGGGUAUCAUAAGGAUAGGACUAAUAUUCUUAGAAAUAUGAUCCUAAUUAAAACAAAGUCGCAAAGCCUUAACAAUAAUAAUCACAAAUUCCUAUAGAAUUCGAUCUAAAUUUCUAUGAACAAGAAAUACAAAAAAAAUGCAUUUCGAAAAAUAUAGAUUUUUUUGAUUUGUUAUGUUAAUGUGAUGAUACACCUCUUCCAGAAUUAAAGAUUUCAAAGCCUGACUAAUUAGAAUUGGCCUUCCAAUUCUUAGAAAUAUUAGCUCCUACUCCUCAUGUUCAAUAAUAUUAUUAUUACUAUUCUUAAGGCUAAAAUUAAAUGGGCAUAGUCUUGUCCUAUUUAAAAAUGAAUAAUCCUGGAAAGCUUAUAGCAAAAGCACUAAACUUCACAAUGAUGAAGCAUAAACAAUACACAAAACAAUAACUUUGGAAUUUGAUAGGAGAAAACAAACCUGUUUGGUAAAUACCUUAAUUAGAUAAGAUUAAUAAAAAUUUAAAAAUCGGAUUGAAUGAAAGAGAAAUAAGGGAAGCAUUUUAAUAUUGGGAUACUGAGUAAAAGGGUUAAAUAACUUUCAAGAUAUACGAUGAAAUUCUAACACUGAAUUAAAUAGUGAUACCAUAAAAGUAAGAUGGAACUCAAUCUAAAGAUCCAGGUUUGUAAUCGACAUUAGAUGCUUUUAUUACAUUUAUCAGAAGUUGUAUUAGCUAAAAAUUGUUUCAAUCUUUACGAAUAACAAGAUAAAAGAGGAUAUAAUUAAAUACCUUAUAAUGACUUUUUAACUGUAAGUAAAAAACUAAUAGGAGCAAUAUCAGCUGAAGAGAUUAAAUCAAUCAAAUAAUUAUUGUAGUAAAAUGGCUAUAUCAAUUUGAGUGAUUUAGCUAAAUUAUUGAAUGUUGAUAGAAAUAAAAUUAAUUAGUAUAGCUAAGAAGACGAGAAAAAAUAAUUUGGUCUAGCUUAAAAAGAUUAAAGAAAAUCUGUGUUAAAUGCUUAGAAUAAAGAAAGAUUUAACAAAAUAUUACCAAUUAUUAAUGAAUAUUUGAGAAAGCGUAAUAAAUCUUAUGAAGAUUUUGGUCUUUACUUCUUUCCACCUAAUUCAAAUAGCGCUAUUGAUAGAGCAUAAUUUACAAAGAAGGCCUUAGAUGCUUAAUUUGGAUUGACUGCUACUUAAUGUGAAGAACUGUAUGAUUAUUUGGAUGUUAAUUCUAGUGGUCAUAGAUGA